AUGACAGCCGUUUGCCCGACACCAAAUUCUCCCCCGGAGCUCUCCGGGUCCAAAUCCUCCAAAUCGUCCUCAUUCCAUUCUUCCUCCAACCGGGAUGGCCAGGACAGCAUCUUCACGGACAUCUCGAAUUUCGAAGACAUUGGCUUGGAGGAUGAUUCCCAGAUACCCUACGCCGAGCCACCUGGCUCCUACGGCCGCGCAGGCGUAAUGGCACGGUCGCCCACUGCCCGACUGUCAGUCAAGGGCCCUGUGGCCUCAACCCGCGACCUGACCGCUACCCCGAAGCCCCGCAAACGAAGCCCACUACCACCGAUGCACCAUGUAUCCGCCAGGGUUCCUCAAUCGGCGAGUUCCCUCUCGGCGAGAAUCGGUAACCGCAGGGAUUCGGGCAGCACACUGCAGUCGCCCGGUUUGACACCCAACCCCCCGCGUCGCUCACGGUCUGUCUCACCACUGCGGCCGACAUCCAGUCGUUCCGCCUCGAGCACUAGCUUAGCGUUAUCUCCACUAUCCGCACGUGUGCCUAUUCAAAAACAGACUUGGCAACCGCAUCGCAAGUCGCUCAAGGAUCUGGAGGACGAGUAUCAUGACUCGGACGACGAAUUACCGGACGAUGCAAGUUUGUGGAAUAUUCCGAUUUCUCCGCGCCCAGUUCAAGACCGAACCCCAUCACGGCCUGCCAGCCCGAAAGGUCGUAGCCCAGGGCGUCGACCGCUGCCUAUCCAUCAUAGCGUAGCGGAAAGUGAUAAGCCAGCCUCGCCAGAGAAUACGGCCAAGGCAUCACGCAUGAAGCGUGUGCAACGAUCAAGCUCCGCAGGACCGGAGCGUGGCCAGAUCUCGCCGCGCAACCCCCGCACCUACUCAUACAACAGUUAUCUAUCUGACUUGUCCGAAGAGGCAAAGAUCAUCACCGAAGCUCUGGAGCUGCAUGCUGAUGAUAGGGACCGAAAGCGCGAGGAGCAUGUUCAAACCGGUGCUGUGCGAAAGCCUAGCGAGGACUCGCAUCGAGCAUCUCGUGAGGCUAUCGCUUUACCACCUCUGCAAAAGUCCAAUAUCAUGAUUGAUCCUUUGCCCAUCAGCAAGGAGAAAGAGAAGGUCCUAACGCGGACACGCCCCAGCUGGCUUCCGCCUAAGGACCAGAAGGAGGAGCGGAAACACCUAAGACAGUACCAGCAAAUGAUGGCCCAGUCUAGGGAAACUGAGAAACGCAAAGCUGCCAAGGACGCAAACGCGCAGUGUGAGAAGGACAAUACCCGAUCGACAUUGCAAAACAUCUGGGAUGAAUACGUAUGUCCGCAUUGGGACCGAGCUCUGCGCGAGCCUCGGAUACGCGAGCUGUGGUGGCGCGGUAUCCCGCCUCGCAAUCGGGGCGCGAUAUGGAACAGAGCCAUUGGCAACGAACUCGCAUUGACUGAUGAGACCUUCACCAAAGCAUUACGCCGAGGCAAGGAUCUUCAAAGCAAGAAAGACGCAGAAAAUGAGAACAACAAACGGCUGUUAGACUGCUUCGAGGCAAUUGAGGCGGACGUGUCCAAGGCCUUCCCAGACCUGAACCUCUUCCAAGAAGGCGGUCCACUACGCGAGACGCUCGUCGAUGUCUUGCAAGCAUACUGCAUGUACCGCAGCGACGUAGGCUACAUCCACGGCUUGCACACUAUCGCCGCCCUCCUCGUCCUUCAACUCCCCACACCUGCUUCCGCCUUCAUCGCCAUGGCCAACGCUCUCAACCGACCUUUACCCGUCGCAUUCCUCACCUGGGACCGCGGCGCUAUGGCUCGUUCUUAUUCGCUGGCAUCAGACACUUUGCGCUACAAGUUCCCGCGUUUACACGCGCACUUGGCCGAGACCCUCCAGCUCUCCAACGAGGAAAUCUGGGAGCCGAUCUUCCGCUCGCUCUUGACAAACGGCCUGGAUCUCGAGCGUAUCUCACGUGUCUGGGAUUGUUGGGUCUUUGAGGGCGAUCGCGUGAUGAUUCGGUCUGCUGUUGCCGUCCUUGGCUGUCUCCAGACCCAGCUAUUUUCUUUCAAAUCGAAUGAUGAGAAGUCACGUCUUAUUGUGCGCGAUAUACUGGGCUGGGGUCCCCGACAUCCCGGAGCCAACACCCAGAAACCGAAUCGACACAGUGCCCCUGCCGCUGCUGGCUUUGGCGGUGGGCAAAUUGAGAAUCCCGGCGUUGCUGAUUAUUGGGUCCUUACUGCUACGGGCGACGAGGACGGGUUCAUGGAGGCCGUUCGAGAGGCUGGGAAAGUGCGCCAACAACAACAGCAAGAACAACGCUAA